AUGGACCUCCUGUCUGAGAUUGGCGUGCCCGCCGUGGCCAUGGCAUCAGCGCUGUCAGUCGCGGCUGGUGCUUACCUAGAUGCCAAAUUCUCGGUCUCUACAGAUUUAUCUACUAUGCUUGGUGACCGGGCUUUUGGAAAACGUCUGGCACAGCGCAUGGCUCAACUGGGGGACACGCCUACCGUCUAUGGGAUGCUCCAUCGAGUGGUUGAAGUGGAAAAACGUGGCUCAGCUGAAGCGAUUUGGUUUGAAGGAAAAUCAUGGACAUAUGCCGAGCUGAAAGAUCUUGCGGACCGAUUGGCCACUCUGCUCAGCGAGCGAGGCAUCAACGCAGGCGACUUUGUCGCUGUCUUUACCACAAACUCGCCAGAGAUGGUCGCCAUUAUCUAUGCGCUUUCGAAGCUUGGGGCUGUUGCUGCUCUGAUCAACGUCAACCUGCGAGAUGACACAUUUUUACACUGUCUGAAUGUCUCCGGCUCCAAGCUUAUUAUUUCUACUCCUGAUCUGUCACAAUUUGUGUGCUCCGAGUUGCCUCACCUGUCAUUCAACAUAUCCUCUUUCGACGGCAUCUCUACGGUGUCUGAUUUGAUCACAACAGCGGAAUUACAGCAGUACUCUCCCUCCAGGAUAACAGCUGCAAAACGAACACCAACAGAUUUAUCAGCACUUAUAUACACGUCAGGAACUACCGGAAAGCCAAAGGCCUGCGCCAUCCGUAACAUGAUGGCCAUGAUAACAUCGAAUCCAUUGUCUCGAGAUGCCAACAACCCGUCAAGAUACUUCCCGCUACGAACCUACUGCUCACUUCCACUUUUCCACGGUACAGCCUAUUUCACCGGGCUGUGCUACUCAGUAGGAAACGCAGGCACCCUGUGUAUCCGCCGCAAGUUCUCUGCUUCCAAGUUCUGGAAGGACGUACACGACUCACGAGCCACUCGCAUCCUAUAUAUUGGAGAGCUGUGCAGAUAUCUCAUGGCUACGCAGGCGUCACCGUUCGACCAAAACCACUCCUGUAUUGUCGCCUCCGGCAACGGCUUGCGAGGAGACAUCUGGGACCGCUUCCGCGAGAGGUUCAACGUUCCCGAGAUCCGUGAGUUCUAUCGCUCAACCGAGGGCGUCGCCAAGUACGACAACCAUGGCUUUGGAUCAUGGGGAGCCGGGAAGGUUGGUUUCUCAGGACCAAUCAGACGGUUCUUUGAAGACGACACAAUUAUCGUGAAAUACGAUCCGGACACAGAGCUACCCUAUCGGGACCCCAAGACGGGAUUCUGCGUCAAGGCAAAGAUUGGCGAGGAAGGAGAGGCAAUCGGUCGUGUUAGAAACCGUGGCAUGCUCACCGAAUACUUACGGAAUGAAGACGCUACCGAGAAGAAGCUUCUUCGAGACGUCUUUGAGAAGGGAGACCUUUUCCAACGCACCGGUGAUCUACUUGUCCAGGACUCGGAUGGGUGGAUAAAAUUCCAAGACCGGGUGGGCGAUACCUUCCGGUGGAAGGGCGAGAAUGUCAGCGCAGGAGAGAUUCGAGAUCACAUUUCCGCCAUUCCUGGUGUUCAUGACGCUGUUGUUUAUGGCGUUAAGCUUGGAGCGUAUGAUGGACAGGCAGGCGCGGCGGGCAUCACUCUUGAAGAGCACACAGAGGCCGCGGCGAAUGAGUUCAUGGGCAAGCUUCAUGCGGAGUUGAAGAAGAAGGGUGUGCCGUCGUACGCUGUGCCGCGGCUUGUCCGGUUGACAGAAAAGGUUGCGACUGGAGUCACGUUCAAGCAGGCCAAGGGCGAGUUGACGAAGAAGGGCUGGAACCCUCUCGGCGACUGGAACGGCGACAAGCUGUAUUGGUUGAACGGCACAAGAUAUGAGAAACUUACGGAGCCAAUUUGGGCGUCCAUUGAAAAUGGGCAGGCUAAGUUGUGA